AUGUCUGCAACGUGGUUUCAACGUCUGUCAGAUCGCCGUCUCCUACAGAGCUCUAAACACUUAGUCUCGACAUCAUCAAAACCACUCUAUUUUAAAGAACUGCAAAAGAGGUCUUGUUAUCCAUAUUUCUUUUUAGUUGUUAGCAGCCGGUUCUUUGGAUACACAGAAACGGAUGGUCCACACACAUGGAAUGGUUCCUGUAGGGUUGGCAAAAGGCAAUCGCCUGUUGACAUCAAAUCGUCAGAAGUAGUUUACGACGAAACAAUCCCGCGCUUACAAUUUGUCAACUAUGAUCAGAGCUCUGGAAGCUUCUUUGUCGAAAAUAAUGGAAUAACUUGUAAAAUUUUUCUUGGUUUCUGGCUAAGAAAAAAAUCGUGGAAAAUAAAAAUGGCUUGUUUUCCAGUGGUAUUUCACGGUUUUGCAAACUGGGGUGCUAAUCAACCUUACAUUCGCGGCGGAACUUUGCAAGGCGAGUAUGCCUUGGAAACCAUGCAUAUCCACUGGGGAAUAAAAAAUGAAACUGGAAGUGAGCAUACUUUGGGUGGGCUUCACUAUCCUGCAGAGCUACACUUUGUUCAUAAGAAACGCGGUCACACAGAUGGCGUACCAUUGAAAGGUGACAGCUUGGCUGUUGUUGCUGCUUUCAUGCUAAUUGAUAGUGAAGGGAAAUCUUUUGCACCAUUUGAAGCAGCUAUCAAAGACGUUCUUCACAAUCCUGGGCGUUCUUCCAAACAAAAACAGGCAUAUAGCUUGACAGAUUUACUACCCGGCUCGGUAGAAACAUUCUAUACCUAUGAAGGAUCGCUGACUACACCGAACUGUGAAGAAGUUGUUAUAUGGAUUGUUUUAGGCGACCCAAUUACUGUGACUGCAGAACAGAUGGAUUUGAUACGUGAGACAAAAAUGAGUGGCGAUCUCAGCACAGGAUCAAAUUCUCGCCCAACCCAACCAUUACUUGGACGUAAGGUACGAUUUCGCCCAACAGCUCGCUUGUCAAAUAUGGGGCUGUCACCAAGGAAUUCAAUUAAUCUGAUUACUGUCUUGCUCUUUUAUAAUAUUGCCUUAAUACUGCAUUAAUU